AUGGCAACGUCUAUACUUGGGGAAGAGCCACGGUUUGGAACUACACCUCUAGCUAUGCUGGCUGCAACUUGCAACAAAAUUGGCAACACCAGUCCUCUGACAACUUUACCCGACUCCAGCGCUUUCUCCAAAGGUGGAUUUCAUCCGUGGAAGAGAUCCUCCUCCAGCUGUAACUUGGGAUCCAGUCUGCCCGGUUUCACAGUCGCAACCAGCCGCGCGUCGUCAGGACUAACGCCGACCAGCGGCACAGGCAACAGCGCCUUCUGCCUCGCCUCCACCUCCCCGACCUCGUCUGCGUUUUCCACAGACUACAGCGGUCUGUUUUCCAACUCUGCGGGAGUCCCGUCCCAAGAGUCCGGCCAGUCAGCGUUCAUAUCCAAAGUGCACACCUCCGCAGAGACUCUUUACCCCCGGGUCGGGAUGGCGCAUCCGUACGAAUCGUGGUACAAGUCCGGUUUCCACUCGACCAUCUCUGGCGAUGUCACCAACGGUGCGUCCUCGUGGUGGGACGUCCACACUAACCCCGGCUCGUGGCUGGAUGUCCAGAACCCCGCAGGCACCCUCCAGACCUCGCUGCACUCCGGGACGCCUCAAGCCAUCCACUCCCAGCUGAGCGGCUACAACCCGGACUUCUCCUCGCUGACGCACUCUGCGUUCAGCUCCACUGGGAUCAACCCCAGCGCGUCUCAUCUACUGUCCACCAGCCAGCACCUGUUAACGCAGGACGGCUUCAAAACAGUCAUCCCCACCUACACGGACGCUUCUGCCGCCAACGCCAUGAUUUCUGGGGGCAGUUCAGGAAUAAGUAGCUCCUCGAGGUCGUCCCGGCGGUACUCCGGCAGAGCAACAUGUGACUGUCCGAACUGCCAGGAGGCCGAGCGGCUGGGACCCGCCGGGGCCAGUCUGCGCAGGAAGGGACUGCACAGCUGCCACAUUCCCGGCUGCGGCAAAGUGUACGGCAAGACAUCUCACCUCAAGGCGCACCUGAGAUGGCACACCGGAGAGCGGCCUUUUGUCUGCAACUGGCUUUUCUGCGGCAAAAGGUUCACUCGGUCCGAUGAGCUCCAGAGACACCUUCGCACCCACACCGGAGAGAAACGGUUCGCUUGCCCGGUUUGUAACAAGCGCUUUAUGCGGAGUGACCAUUUGAGCAAGCACAUCAAAACGCACACGGCCGGUGGAGGAGGCAAACGGGGCAGCGACAGUGACACCGACACCAGUAACCUGGAGACCCCGAGGUCCGAGUCCCCAGAACUUAUUUUGGAUGGGGUCAAUCCUAGAAUCACUGUUAAGGAUCCGUCUCCUCAAGACGAGCCCUAA